AUGACGACCACGGAUCUGGAUGUGUUCAUGGAGAACUUGGAGCAGUUACUUUACGAUGACAGUAAUAAAUUGAUUAGCAGCAAUGAAUUAAUCAAAGCAAAAAAGCCUGAAAUCGAAUUGCUUUAUAAGAUGCUCGAGGACCUGAUUGGAUCCGGUCUUAACAACACGAACACCGAAGAAGAACAACUCCAUGAGGCCGAGGAUAUGGAAAACUGGAAACGGAGACUUAUAAAUGGGUUACACGAGGCUGAAAAUGCCAUUGAUAAGUUCAUCUACUCUGCCUACCUCAAGGAGAUUGACGAUGUUCAAAAAUCGAAAAGAUUCGAUGGGUUAGUGGGAAAAAACUUCAUAUCCUCUGCCCUCCUCAAGAUCAAUAAGAUCUUUACUGUUAAGGGUCAAUCUAAUUCUAAUUUCCUUGAUUGCUCCCUUAACCUUACGCAUGUUAUGAAAGACCUGAAGUCUAUCAGACAUGAGUUGAGUUGUAAAAUCAGGAAGAUUCAGAAGGGAAACUCCGUCAAGAAUAAUAAUAUCCAGCACCAGCACCUUCUGGAGUCUCAAAGUGCAACCCGACAUGUUCCUGAAGCUUCGUCCAGCAAAACUACAGCAAGAGUGGGCCAGAGUGCAACAGAAAGUGAACAAGUCAUUGUGGGCUUUGAUGAAGAUGCAUUGUUAAUAAUGGAGAGGCUUGCUGGAGACCGAAAGCAGUUAGACAUCAUCUCGAUUGUAGGCAUGGGUGGACUAGGUAAGACUACUUUGGCUACGAAAGUAUACAAUGAUGAGUAUGUUGAGUAUUAUUUUGAUGUACGUGGGUGGGUUACUGUUUCUGAAGAAUAUGCAACGCGAGAUGUGUUAAUAGGAAUAUUGGCAUCAAUAGGCAAAUCCGUUCAUGAAGAUACCACUGAAGGAAAAGUUUGUGAAAUGGUGUACAGGAGCCUAAAGGGUAGAAAAUAUUUGAUUGUCCUUGAUGAUAUAUGGAGUUCCAAGGCUUGGGAUGAUCUGAGACUAUAUUUUCCAGAUGAUAAUACUGGUAGUAGAGUUCUUCUAACCACUCGCCUUGCAGAAGUCGCUUCGCAUGCAACUACAAACCCAGGAGGUUUGACUCACAACCUACAGUAUUUAUCUCAAGACAAAAGCUGGGAGUUGUUGCGUAUCAGGACUUUUAGGGGAUAUGAAUGCCCUAGAAAUUUGAUCGACACAGGGAAGCGUAUAGCUGCAAUGUGCAAAGGAUUGCCACUUGCAUUAGUUGUGAUAGCAGGACUUCUUGAGAAGGCAAAGAAGAACGAAGAUCUGUGGGAUAGAGUUGCAAGGAAUGUGAGUUCAUACAUUAUUGAUGACCCCAAUGGUUGCUUAGAUACCCUAGCUCUGAGUUAUGAUCAUCUACCUCGUCAUUUGAAAAACUGCUUUCUUUAUGUCGGCGGGUUUCCGGAGGACAAUGAAAUCCAAGUACAGAGACUGAUCCGCCUAUGGAUGGCUGAAGGGUUUAUUAAAGAAACAGCUGAAAGUGGGUUUGAGGAACAAGCUGAAGAUUACCUAACGGAUCUUGUUGAUAGAAAUCUGUUGAUUGUUGUCAAUAGAAGGUCUGAUGGUGGAAUCAAAUCAUGUCGUCUGCAUGAUCUUUUGAGGGAGCUAUGCUUGAUAAAAGCUGCUGAAGAGAAGUUCUACUACAAACUAGGUAUGCCAGAUCGAUCUAGUAGAGAGAAGCAACAGCGUCUCUUCACAGAUUAUAAACUUCUAUCUGAGAUUUAUUCACAUGGUUCUAUUGCACCCACAAGAUCAGUUUUGUGUUUUCCUAGCAUUCGAGCAUUGGAUUAUGUGAGUAGAAGAUGGGUUCCUUCGUUUUUGCUUCUUAGGGUGUUGGAUCUGCUAAAUAUUAGAAUGUCUGAUUUCAGCGACAUACCAAUACUAAUUCAUUUACGUUACUUAGCAGUUUGGUUAAGCUACUGUGAGGUCUCAUUCUCGGAGGCCACUCUCUUGAGGCUUCAAACUCUCAUUGUUAAAGGAAAGUAUCAAGAUUCAUUGUAUUCACCAUGUAAUAUGGGUAAUAUGACGAAUCUGAGGUAUUUAUGGAGUGAAAGGGUCAUCGCUCUGGUUUCCCAUGAAAGGUAUCCUGUAUUAUUCAACCUGCAUACCAUUUCCAGGCUCGGUUUAGGUGAUGGAGAUCAAACUUUGCUGCAAUCUUUUCCCAAUAUCAAGAAGCUUGGAUGUUCUGUUUCUCACACAAUCUUUAACUUUGCCUUGUUAUCUCAUCUUGAAUCUUUGAAUGUGAAGCCGUUUUUAGAUAGCCCAUACCUUCGAGUGAAUCAGUUUGUGUUGCCAAAAACCUUGAAAAAGCUGACCUUAAUGGGGUUACAUAUGCCUUGGGGUUGGAUAUCAACAAUUCAACAGCUACCCAAACUUGAGGUUCUCAAAUUACUAGACUCUUCAUUCGUGGGAAACGUGUGGGAUACUGGUGAUGAGGAGUUUCACCAACUAAAAUUCCUAAAGUUACAGGGGCUGGACAUGGUAAUGUGGAAAGUCUCUACCUUCAACUUCCCCCAGCUCAGGAAACUGGAGGUGAGAAGUUGCAAUAAUCUUAGGGGAAUCCCACUAGAAAUAGGAAACAUCUCCACACUCGAGCAUAUCGAGAUUUCUGACCCGAAUUUUGCACUGCUUAAGUCUGUUAAUAAAAUUCAAGAAACGCAACAUGCAAUGGGAAACUAUGACAUACAUGUCAAGUUCGUUGGCAUUAAUGUUCCACAUCAAGAGGUCUUUUUCGAGGGAGACCCUUAUUACCCAUAA